UACUAAUAUUAGACGAGGUAGACCGAAUAAAAACAAGCCGCGCCUUACUGAAGAAAGAAGAUCUCGAAAAUGUUGAGCGUGUGCACGAUAUGUCAUUUUUGUUGCCUUUUUGGCGGUUCCAUGGGAAAUUGGAUAUGUGGCUGCUGUGGAAAAAACCUCAGUUAUCAUGAAUAAAGUGCAGGGGUUUGAAUACGGCGAUCCGCAGAAUUGCCCGCAGCAGACGAUGGAUAUGCUAGAAGUCAUUCCCCUUAACGGGUGGGACAAUCUCCGUAACGUCGACAUGGGUCCUGUCAUGGCGCUAAAUUAUUCAAAGUGUCGAAUAACUCAGGACAGAAAAUUCAUGAUUCCAGACGACACAUACGCUGUUCCACUAAAGAAAAGCAACGUCGAAACGUACUCUGAACUUUAUACGCACUUUUUAAACUACACCAGUGUCACGUCGAGCUCGAUAAAUCUUGAGGCGCAUGCAUCGUGGUCCUAUGGGUCUGUAAGCGGCUCUUUCUCAUGGUCUCACCAAAAUUCAAAGAUGCACAUCACGGGAGAUAAAUCCGUUCUUAGCAGGGUGCAGCUACGCUACGUCUUAUACAAGAUCCGUAGUCAGCCAGACCCCCAACUUCACCCUACUUUCAAAGAUCGUCUGCUAGAAAUCGCGUCCUAUAUACAAGAAAGGGACAAUGACGCUGUCACAUAUUUAUCGGAGCUUCUUGUUCGCGAUUACGGUACUCAUUUUGUCACCAGCAUUGAUGCCGGAGCAGCAAUCAUUCAAGAAGACCACUUAAAUUCAUCGUACAUUAAAAACAUGGACAAUGACCGGUCUACUAUCAAGGCAUCAGCUGGCGCUUCUUUAUUUGGGUUCAUCGGCGCCAGCGCGUCUUAUACCCAUGCUGUAGAAAAAGGCCAACUAGAAAAAUAUGUCCAAAGUCGCGUGACUUCUCACACAGAGACAGUGGGGGGACCACCGUUUCGAGCAAGUUUCACGCUGGACCAGUGGGUGGAUGAUUUACAAAACAACCUUGUAGCCGUGGACCGCGAAGGUGAUCCGCUCUACUACAUCAUCACGACAGGUACGUUACCAGAGUUACCGCUGGAUACAGUGCGUGAUUUAGCCGACAGCGUUCAGAAAGCGGUGGAGAGUUACUACUUGUAUAAUGUCUAUCGUGGCUGCACUAGUAUCGACUCUCCUAAUUUUAGCUACAUUGCUAACUUUGAUGAUAAUACCUGUGUAAAUCCUUUCACCAAUUUCACGUUCGGGGGCGUUUACCAGACAUGUUCUGGAGGACUGUGUUCUCCUGAGGAUUCCCUGGUAAACCAUAAAACUGGAACAUAUUCCUGUCUUCCUCAAUACACUGCGGUCCUUUUAGAUGAAGGCAAACUGCGCAAAUGUCACCGGGAAUGUCACCAUUUUUGGUUUAUCAGAUACCGCUGCCAUGACGUGUGUGAUGAUAGAAAUUACCAGAUUUACUGGUGUGCUGCAACUGGAAAAAUACCCCAAGAGUCGGGCUUUUUAUUUGGUGGUACUUACACAGCCAAUACGGACAACCCACUGACACAGGGGAAGAGUUGUCCGGUUCAUUUCACAGCGCUUAAACUGGGUGUGCCGCUUCCUAUUUACAUAUGUGUCAGUGAUGAUUACGAACUGGGAUUUCGUUAUGCCAUACCUUUCGCAGGUUUCUUCAGCUGUUCCUCGGGAAAUCCGCUCGCUAUUUCGCCACACAUACCUAACCUCCACAAGCGCUCUGUUGAAGGGGCUCCGUUGGGUUUAGCUGCUGUCCUGAUGGACGCUGGUGCGCCUUUUUGGCCCAAAAAAUGCCCUCACGGUUACAGUCAACACCUUCUUGCAAUAAACGAAGGAUGUGAGAUUAACUACUGUGUGAAAGCCCACGCCCUCACGCCAAAUGCUCUUCCCAUUAUCAGACGGCCUCCGUUCCAAUUAAAGCCCAAACUUCUGCGCAAUAGCACUCGCUUACUAAUGACUGCUUCUGGGCGCGUUUCAAUGAAAGGUGGUGGAUUCUCUACAUGGCACGCCACAAAAUGGGACGAAACAAACAUGUUUGAGGUCCAAGCAGCAGUGGAAACCCCUAGAACAAUGGAACCGAACGAAUCUGCCAGCCGUUCCAAUGAAACUGGACUCACUGUCGCCGUUUCCAUACUAGGCACGGCUCUGUGUGGAGUAAUUGUAGGACUGAUAGUGUUGGGGUAG